AUUAGAACAGCCACCGGAAGUUGGGCUGCGAGUUCCUUUUUGUCGUAAAGGAAAAUGCUGACGGUUCCUCCAAGACAAGGUGGCUCCAUUGCUGCACUAGUUCGCUCAGUGACGAAACUUGGACUGAACCAUACAGAUUUUCUCCAAGCAUCACCUUGAAGUGACAGCUGUUUUGCCUGCUAGCAUGGCCGUGGCUGUGUUAUCCAGGGCUGUGUGGAUGCGUUUGGCAGCUUUCACCAAGCAAGUUCUGUUACCUGAUGCACGCAUAUAUUGUGCUUGCCCCAAAUCUACAUAUUCACCUCUUCCUGAUGACUAUAAUUGCAAAGUGGAACUUGGUAUGACAUCAAAUGGAAAGACUAUUGUUUGCUAUCAUCCUUCAGUGGACAUUCCAUAUGAACACACAAGACCCAUUCCACAACUAGAUCCAGUGGAUUAUAGAGAAGAAACACAUGACCAAGUCCUGAAAUCUAGAUUGGAAGUGCAGGACCUCAAGAACAAGAAAGGCUCUACAAUUGAGGAACUUAGUAAAAUGUUUUACACGACAAAACAUCGCUGGUAUCCUGUGGGACAGUAUCACACUAGACGCAAGAAAACUAAUACCUCUAAAGACAGAUAAACAUGUUCGUCACGUUGUCAUCUUUGUGAUCAUGGCAAACUAUCCCUCGGCAGAUGAGAUUUCUUUAAAUGUACUUUUAUAAAUAAUGGUAUUAAAUUCUUUUCUAACUAAAA